ACAUUCAGUUGACACUUGGGGGCGGCAGCAGUUGGACGUAGGAGGUGCAGCAACAGCCAGCAGCACCUUCCCUGAGCCACAGCAGAUUGCACAUCACUGUUGGAACAGCCGUGCUGGACAGCAGGAAUGGCAGAAAGAAAAUGUGGACGGGUCGAGCCUUUUGAAAGUCUUCCAGAUGAAAUAGUUAUCGAUAUAUUUUCCUACUUCAGCACUAAUGAGCUAACGGACAUUUUACAAAAUGUCUGCAGGCGAUGGAAGCGACUGGCACACGACCCGACACUCUGGCGCGACAAAGAGUACAUCAUCGUAGGAAGACGCAUGAUGGAGCAAGGGAGGAACUGCUGUGGAGUCCAUUUCUCAGAGUGCGUCCACUGCAGGUGCCAGCAAACGGAUGAAGAGGUCCUGCGAUCAGUGGGCAUGAUGCCGCAACUGCGCAGACUGACGAUUAUGCGUCCCAUCAGAGGCCGCGUACUGCGCAAGCUCUGCAUAAGCUGUCCAAACCUCACAAGACUACAGAUUGAAUCUAAUCAGAAUGUGAACUUUUUAACUAUGAAGCAUAUAUUUCAGAAGUGCCCAAAAAUACAGAAGCUGAAACUACCAGCGAGCAUGCUGCGUAACUGGCUACUUGCGGGACUCUUGUCCACCUUGGAACAUUUGACCUGUCUGGUGGUGUUCGAGGACUUGUGGAGUAUGACACCUGUAAGGCUUCGAGAUCUGGUGGAUGCCUGUCCGCAGCUAGAGGAGAUACACACCAACUGCUCCUAUUACAAUACACGAGACAUGGAAUAUGUCCUGAAGGCAAAAAAGCACAGCUUAACUUCUGCCACAUUGUGCUGGAUGUCGGAAGUGUGGCAAAACUGGUGUGUUGUGACUCUGCUGAAACAGCAUAACACAUCAGUUAGGAAACUGCGACUACUCCAUUACAACGUGCCACCCGAGAUGGAGACUGAGGUGUUCGAAGCUCUUGGUGAACUACACAAUCUUCAAGAGCUGCAUGCUGAACGGGUGUCUCCACUCGUACCUCAAGUGAUGUCUCUUGCAUUUAAGCCCGGAUGUCUAACACAGCUCAGACGGCUGCAGUUGCAAGGUGCCGCCAACCUCCAGAAUGAGACAGUGCUUACCAUUUCACAGGGCUGUCCUAAUCUGUGUGAACUGAGGUUAAGUAAGUCAGCACUUAUUACCGACAAAGCACUCGGCGAGAUCUACCUUCUGAAACAUUUAGAAAUAUUGGAGCUUUCUGGGUGCAACGGCCUGGGUGGAACUGCCAUUGCUCACAUAGCAGAGGUGCCAGUUCUACACACAUUGGUUCUUCAGCACAUGAGAGACCUGAAAAAGCUACUGCCGAGCCUCCGGGACAUUGUGGACAUGGGGGAGCUGCAAUUCCUCGAUAUCUUGCAGAGCAGCAACAUCGAAGCUGUGCCAUUCAGUGAGUUUCCUGGCAAGCUAUUGAAGCUCAGGGAGCUACGUGUGACAUGUGACGGUCAAGGUGAAAAUGUCGUCACUGAACUGCAACAUAAAAUGCCUCAUCUCAAAAUCUUCGAAACUUUCCGAUAUACAGAGGAAGAUCUCUCAGCUUGCAGAUACCAACAUUGGGGCUAUUGCACGGAUGAAAAUGAAAUGACAGACAGAAUAUGCAUUUAUGAUAAUAUUCUGUAUGGAGUGAGUACUAGGUGUUGCCAAAAAUAAAAAGGUCCUCAGGGUCCAGGUCUGGAGGGAAAGAGGAGGCCGCCUCACCAUUCGCAACACCACCGGCCUGAGCCGAACUGCCGAUGGCACCUGCUACCUCGCUCCUGCUGCUGGAUCCAUGCAGCCACCCGUGUCGGAAGGUGCUGACACCACGUGUUCGACACCGAGGUACCUGUCAUCAUCCCUGCGACAUCAGCAUGAAGCCGCAACGUGUGACCCGUCUACUGGCAAGAGGUGGCAGCUGUGGGCACCUAUGCAGCCGCCAUGGUAUGGCAUGCAUUAUGCCGCCAUUACUAGGCACAGUGUUUGCUAUCCACUGUGCAUGACCUGCCCGAGAACCACUUCCCCGGCAGGCCAGCUAAACCAACGGCCACGGUGUGCGUCACUGCCCCUCUCCCAUUAAAGUACAGUAAGUGCAGUAAGAUCUGACCUCUGUUCGUGAACAGUAUGCAAACCACUGUGGUGCUAUGCGUACAUCUGUUUAAGACUGAAAUCCCCAACUGUGUUAGAUUUGCUUCCAUCACAGUACCUGAAGUUCAUUUAUUUGUAUUUUUAUUUGAUGUAGUCAUUGCACUAGAUUAUUUUCACUUAAGAUACUUCCAAGUUCAUUUAUUUGUAUUUGUGUAUUUCCUUGAGCACAGUGUUAGAUAAGCCCCGUUUACCAUACUUUGAGAACAUUAAUGUUGUUUCUCAUGUUGUUGUAAAGGAACUGUGUAAGCUGAUUCCCCACACACAGUGGGCACCCCUCAUGUGUAUUCAUAAAGCCUUCACGGGUGGUUGGGAUUACUGGACCAACUCGACUGAGAGUUGUGCGUAGACUUUUUGUAGCAACUUACCUUUGUAAAUAUGGUCUAUAAUUAAUUUUGCCUCUUAACAUACCAGUAAAGGAACGUUCUGUAUCUGGACGUCUUACAUUGUUCCCCACUUUAACAACCCUAUUUACCCUCUGUGCCUAGAAACCUCUGGUAUCCACCUGAUAUAUUCAGUGAGGAGCAUGUCCUACACUUUCACACACUCUGAAUACAUUCAGUAAAGCUGUUCAGUUAUACAUAAGUAGUUUCAACUGAAAUUACAAUAUCCACUGUACGACAUCAGUGUUGUCAACAUUUUUAAUGCUUUGGUGCAAUUAAUAUGAAACUGACUUGCUGUGUGAGGCCUUAU